UGCUGCCGCUGUUGCUACUGCUGCCGCCGCCGCCGCUGCCGCGGCUGCUCCGGCUCGGCGCGUCCCGGAACAGGCCGUCGCGCGCCGCGCUCCGGACCCGCAGCCCCCGCCGGCCCGGCCGGGUCGGGCGGCCCAGGGCACCACCUUCCUAUUUCUUCCUGGCCACGGCCCUUCCCUCACAGUUCAGCACUUGCUUGCCUGAAGUUAAUUUCCAGAAGCAGGAGUCCCCAGCGCUGGGCCAGGGGGGAUGAACCGCGAGGGAGCACCCGGGAAGAGUCCGGAGGAGAUGUACAUUCAGCAGAAGGUCCGCGUGCUGCUCAUGCUGAGGAAGAUGGGGUCAAACCUAACGGCCAGUGAGGAGGAGUUCCUGCGCACCUACGCCGGGGUGGUCAGCAGCCAGCUCAGUCAACUGCCUCAGCACUCUAUCGACCAGGGUGCAGAGGAUGUGGUGAUGGCGUUUUCCAGGUCGGAGACAGAGGACCGGAGGCAGUAGCUCCAAGCCCGUUGGAACACCCUGGAAGCUGUCAGGGGCCAAAAGAUCCGUGUGGCUCCUUGGCCGACUGGGUGGCAGCAGACCAUCUUCCCCCUUCCUGUGUUCCCCACCCCAAAUUCCCUGCCCCACAGCCCCUCCGUGGGGCUGGCAUCAAGGGAGAUGCUGUGGUGCGUUUACGAUUGGCUUAAAGGGAUGGACUCAUGAUUGGCUGCAGGAAGAAACCAUUUUAUUUUUAAAUCUUGACCAACGGAAACCUUUUAUUUUUUA